CGGUGACGCCACAAUCCGCAGAGGGGCGGAGCUGUGCGCAGGCGCGGCCUCCCCAGGACAUGGCAACGGCCGGUCGCCAUGGAGUCUCCGCGCUGACCUUCCCGGAGCCGAGUCUCAGCCGCGGCUGGAGAGCAGCCAUCCCUUGAGCGUGACACCAUCCUGGUCUGGACUGUUUGUUCGGAAGGAUGCAUUCUCUGGUCUUCUUCUGUGCGCAGAAAGUGAUCUCGGACCACGCCUCGACACGCAAAGCCCUGGACUACAUCCCGCGCGAGAUCUACCCGGUCCUGUUCAAAGCGGCCUUCCUGGACCUGCGGACACUGGUGCUGCGUGACGUGGUGCAGAGGUGGCCCUUCAGUGUCCUCAACUUCUCCACCAUCCUGAAGAGGUGCAAACACUGCGACCGCGAUGUCAUCCGCGAGAAGCCCAACAAACAGUGCUUACAGGCAGUGAUAAUGGGAGUGAAGGACUAUCUCAUCAACGAGCUGCGGCAGAAUCGAAUCCCUAACACCAGAAAAUCAAAAGCAUCAACAUCUCAGGACAAUUGCAAGCUUAGGAAGCAUCGACCACUCCGUGUUGUGGAUCUAACGGGACUGCAAGAUGAUGGAGACAGGCAAGAUGCAGACACCAUAGGCCAAUGGUCCCGUACUGUGGCCUUGGCGAAAGCCUGCAUUGAAAUCUCACGGACUAGCAGGAGGGAUGAGUACAAUUCAUCGAAGCGGAGGAAGGGCAAGAACGGGAGUCCUUUGGAAGGAGCAUUCGAAAGCCAGUUGAGUGUGGAGAUCCACGCCAAUCUCUUUGUCACGAGUAACUCUUACGGGACAGUAAAGGACGCGCUACUAGUGGGAAAAAGCUCCCCCCUGUGCCUGAAAUGCCGGGACCUUCGCGCGGAAGAGCUAUCUGCCAAAAAAACCAUCAGUAUCCUGGAGCUCUUGGACGCGGUGGUUCUCAGGAAGCUUGAGCUCCGCUACAACAACCUCGGUCUCAGCGGCCUCAGCUCAGUGUUCCCUUACCUGCCCACGUUCGAGAACCUGAUCAGCCUGAAGCUCCCCUACAGUAACAUCGACGUAAGGCACAUGACCUCCGAGAUGGAGGAGUCCUUCCAAAGUAUGGUGUCCGUGUUCAGACACUUGCCUAACGUGAAGGAGUUAAACCUGGCAUCAUCCCGACUAUCUGGAAGGAUCCGGGAACUGCUGAGUGUUUUGCAGAAGCCAUUGGAAAGCUUGGAGCUCCCAUACUGCUACCUUCUUCCAGCAGAUGCAACCUACCUGGCCAACAGCCAUCACGCCCCCUUCCUGAGGAAGCUGGAUUUGAGUGGUAACAACCUGUCCGACGUCCUCCUCAACCCCUUCUGCCAGAUUCUGCAGCAGGCCUCCACCUCGCUGGUGUACCUGGACAUCAUGGAGUGCAGGGUGAUGGACCGACAGCUCACCUCGUUCCUCCCCGCUCUGAAGCUGUGCUCUCAGCUCCAGUACCUGAGCUGCUUCUGCAACCCCAUCUCCAGCCAGGGCCUCAAGUCCCUGCUUCACACCGCCGUGCAGUUGCCAUCUCUCAAAAUUGUCGUGCACCCUAUCCCGGUUGACUGCUACGAAGAAGGACUGCCCUGGCCCCCUUCCACCUACGACCUUAUCGACUACAGUAUCGACCAGCAGAAGCUCAGUCGGGUUGAUGCAGAGCUGAACGAGAUCCGCUUAAAGGCAGUGAGAACCGAUAUUGUCACCACGGUUGAGCUUUACAAUGACUUCUCACUUGACAUGUUGCAGUUGUACUGAAGCAAACUCUCCAUUUUUAACAACGAGGACAACUUGUAUUAAACGCGUUUGAGACACAUGCAAUUUACAUGAAUGUUUAUAUAUUCACAAAUGUCAAAUAGAGAUUAAUUUUGUUGACACCUCUCCAAGGAAGCAGCAAGGAUGAACCAAUUUAUUUGAUGCCUUCCUCAGCUUAGUCUGUACAUACAGGGUGUGCCAAGCUUAAGGGAGUGUAGAAACAAGGAACUGCAGAUGCUGGUUUACAAAGAAAGGCACAGAGUGCUGGAGUAACUCAGUGUAGCUUCUAUACCUACUCAAAGUCCAACCGAUAGCCAUUACUCCUCGGUGAUAUGGUGGAGACAUAGCUUAUGUACUGGCCGCAUUCACAGAUAGCAUAGAGCAAAAAACGAACCCUCCAGUCAUUGUCUCUUGAUUAAUUAGUCUUUAUUGUAGUUCAAAACAAAGAAGUACUUCAUAACUUGUCCCUCUUAUUAAUUGUUUCUGCUUCAGACAGUACGGUUGUGACCGUGCGGUCGUUACUGUGGUAAAAAACUGUUGUUCUCACCAUCCCUCAAGGUGAAACUAACUCCCAAUCUAUGAGUCUGUGCUAGUCUCCCCCGAAUUAGAUACAUCCCUCUACGUAUCAAAUCCCACCUACAAGCGUACAUACAGAUAAGAACUAGAAAUAUUAGACAUGGCUAUAAUAUACUGACUUAAGCUUAAAUGGCUUACACAGUGGGUCAGGCAGCAUCUCUGGAGAACAUGAAUAGGUGACGUUUCGGGUCGGGACCCUUCUCCAGAUAUUGCAGGGGGAGGGGGCCAGAAAGCUGGAAGAGAGGUGGGGUAGGACAAAGUGUGGCAUUUAAAGGUGAAUACAUGUAAUAGGGGGGAUUUGAUUGUAAGAUGGUUGGACGAAGGCCAGAGAUGAAAGACAGAAGGUGUGAAACAAAAGGAUUGAACAGUUGCGAAUUGUGAAGCCAGAGGAAGGAAUAAAAGUGGAAGGGGGGGGAGACAUAAGUGCAAGCCUAGGUGGGGCACAGGGAAGGAGUGAGAGGAGUGGGUUUGUAGUUACUUAAAAUUGGAGAAUUCAAUUCAAGGAAGUUCUGUUUAUCAUUCCCCUUUGAAAGUUCAUUAGUAGGUUUGGUUCAAAUGCGAGGUGCUAGUUACAGCAGGAGGUAUCCUAUCGAAGUCCAAAGGAGAGUAUUGAGUUGCUCCGUAGAUUGGGAAAUGGAGGAAUAUCUGUAAAAUUGAAUUUAUAUUGAGGAGCUGAUUGAACAAGAAUUACACUGGUUUCUGCCAUCUAAAAUGAAA